AUGACACUAUAUCCCGAUCAUACCACUGCCUCACCAUUUAUGUUAAACCAGGAGGUGGAGGUGGAAACUACUGAUGAUUACUAUGACUUGAAUUAUUUUGACUUGAACUACUCUGUCAAGUCAAAUAUCAACUAUACCAAAGAAACAAAUAGUGGUAGUGGUAACAGUAACAGUAACAGCAACAGCAGUAGUAAUAGUCUGUCUUCUGUUUCUAAAUCCACCAGCAAUGACUUGUUAAACUCAACCUCACAUAAUUAUAGAAAAUGGUUGACUACAGCAUUAUAA